CUUCGACGUCCACGACAAAAGGCCCAUCCCCAAUUCUCAGUCCUCUUGCGGCCCCUGGAACUGUCUCCUUUAUUUUCGUUGCUCAGUCGUGUUCUUCGGAUUACCCUCCAACAUGAUCAUUUACAAGGACCUCAUCACUGGUGACGAGAUCAUCUCCGACUCGUACAACCUCAAGGAGAUUGAUGGUGUCGUCUACGAGGCCGACUGCAAGAAGAUCACCGUCGGUGGGGAGAACAUCGAUAUCGGCGCCAACCCCUCUGCUGAGGAGGCUGAUGAGGGUACCGAUGACCAGACCCAGACCGUCAUCGACGUCGUCCACUCUUUCCGCCUGAACGAGACCUCUUUCGACAAGAAGUCAUAUCUCACCCACCUUAAGAGCUACAUGAAGAAGGUCAAGGAGGGUCUUAAGGAGAGAGGCGCCAGCGACGAGGAGGUUGCCGCCUUCGAGAAGGGCGCCUCUGCUUACGCGAAGAAGAUUGUUGCCAACUUCAAAGAUUACGAGUUCCUGAUCGGCGAGUCCAUGGACCCCGAUGGCAUGGUCAUCCUCCUCAACUACCGCGAGGACGGCAUCACUCCCUUUGUUACCGUCUGGAAGCACGGCUUGACGGAGAUGAAGGUUUAAAUUCCUUGCUGCUGCCCGUGGAAGGGCAAGAGGGUCCUGGGGAAGGUGGAUACUUGGAUAUACGACUAAAUGCAUGAACGGAUAUCAAUUGCAACGCCGCAAAUGAAACACGACUUGGGGGUCAGGCUGCCUCCUGAAAAGCGGAUACACAUGGCGCUCUACUUGCAUUGUGAUGUCUUCUUCAAUGGGUGCAUUACCGCUAUUGUCAAUCCACGUUACCAGGACACUAUUCGUACAAGCAAGCCGUAAGACAAUUUGGGAAGCGAAUACGGG